AUGGCGCUCCCUCCCUUCCCACGUCAGGAAGACCUCGAUCGAAGUACUUGGCUCUUCCAGGCAGCGCCGCAGCGGCCAUUCCAUGUACAUGCAGUCAGAGGCACGAACGCCAUGGCAACUCCUCCGUCGAAAACCCGCGCCACAUCGCUCUUCUUCUCUCCGGCGAUGGCCGCUCCCCCUCGGAAGCCAUUGCCGCUGCUCUUCUUCUCCAUCUCCCUCCCCUUCCUCCUCCUGCUCUUCUUCCUCGUCUUCCUCCUCUCGCACACCACGUUUACCAUCCUUGUCUGCCCUCUCCUCCCGCGAUCGCCUUCCAGAUCAGCAAAUGCCACCAUGAACAGUACUGUCGCUCCCGCCGCCGCCACUAACCUCGACGUGUCCAUGGACAACAACACCAUGCAAGCGUUCCAUGUCUCGCCGUCGCCGCCGUCGCUUCCCGUGCCGCCGCCCCCUCCUCCUCCGGUCAAGACGAACAAUAACAAGAAGGCGUCCACGAAGAGAAACAAGAGCAUCCUCAAGCUGCUGGUCAAGCAGACAUCCCGGACGCGGCGGUUCGCAGCGCGCGCGGCCGAGCUUUUCGAGCCGCCGUCGCCGCAGCGACCGUGCGCGGGCCGCUUCUUCAUGACGUGGCUCUCCCCGCUCGAGCAGUUCGGCCGCCGCGAGCCCCUCGUCGUGGAGACCGUCUUCCGGUGGCACCCCGACGCCUGCCUCCUCAUCGCCUCCGACACCAUGGACUCCGCGGGGGGCAGCGACAAGCUCCGACCGUUCCUCGAUCGUGGAUUCCGCGUCGCCGCCGCGUCGCCGGACAUGGCGUACCUUCUGGGCGGCACGCCCGCCCAGGAGUGGCUCGGCACGGUGCGGCGCGGGGAAGUCGGCCCCGGCAGCGUGCCGCUCGGGCAGAACCUCUCCAACCUCCUCCGCCUCGCGCUUCUCUACAAGUUCGGCGGCGUCUACCUCGACGCCGACGUCGUCAUCCUGCGGCCCCUGUCGGGCCUCCGAAACGCCAUCGGGGCGCAGGCCGUGGACGCGGCCACUGGCGACUGGAUUCGGCUGAACAACGCCGUGAUGGUGUUCGACCAGGGCCACCCGAUGCUGCGGGAGUUCAUCGCCGAGUUCGCCACAACUUUCGACGGCAGCAAGUGGGGGCACAACGGGCCGUACCUGGUGUCGAGGGUGGCAGCGAGGGUCCGGCAUCAGUUGCCGGAACUCGGCGUAACGGUGCUGCCGCCGCAGGCGUUCUACCCCGUGGACUGGAACAAGAUCGUCGGGCUGUUCGUCGCGCCCAAGAACGGGAAGGAGGAGAGGUGGGUGAAGGCCAAGAUGGAUAACAUCAAAGGUGAGAGCUUCGGCAUUCAUCUAUGGAACAGGGAGAGCAGGAGCCUCGAAAUGGAGGAGGGAAGUGUGAUUGGACGGUUGAUUUCAGACGGCUGCUUAUUCUGCAAUUCUUCCGUAGGUUAA